AUGGCAGAUUAAGAAAAGAACUUGAAUCCUCCUAAAGAUUAACCAGAUCAAGAAUAAUUUCUUUUAGAACCUGGUAAUGAAAAUGGAUAAAUUUUUGAUAUGGAGGGUUAAUAAUAAACUCAAAAAGAUGUUGAUUUAAAUCGAUUAAAUGAGGAUCAAAAAAAUAAGAAUCAAGAAGACCCUAAAUUGAUGAGAAGAGAUUUAAUAAAAAAGAAGAAGAAGAAUGAACAAAAAGAAAGAUUAAUAUCAGCUUAAAGAUUAAAACGAUUAUUGAAAAGGAAACCAAUAGAUAAAAUUAGAUUAGCUUACUAAGCAUAUUUUUUUAUAGUUAGUAUUGUUGUACUAACUUUAAGUAUUUUAUCUUUCAGAGAUUAAACAGUUUAUUAAGUAGAUUAUGAUUAGUUUAUCAAUAAUGUUAAAUCCUAUGUUGUUGAUGAUAUUAAAUUCACUUAUACAAAUAAAGAUUGUUAGACUUAAUUUGGUAGUGAAGUAUUUAUUUUUUCAUAUCAUAGUAUUCUUCAUUUUAUUAAUAUAAUUGGCCAGGAUCUAUGAUAGGAUGUGAUUGUAGUAAAGGAUUUAAUUUCUCUACAUUGACAGAAUACAAUAUUGAUGCGUUUUUCAGUGAAUCUUUUAUGCUUGGCCGUAUUUGUAGUUAAGAUUUACUCUCUAAGAAUUGUACUACAGUGAACGAACAACAACCAAAGAUCUUCAACUCUUGGAAUGAUGGAUCUUUUGGAAGACGUAAUAGUUAGAACAAAUAUUAUUAGCUUUUGUAUUAUGUGCUAGAAGAAGAAUAGGAAUUGAUUUAUAAUCAAACUCAUCAAAUUGUCAAUUACAAAAUAAAACUACUUGUGGAACAGGUGAUAAUAUCUUCUGUGUUCCAUAGGAUAUAAGUUGUCCCAUUACAGAAAUAGGAUUUACAUCCAAUUCUAAUUAUUAAAAUUUAAAAUCUAAAAAUAAUAUUAAUACUGGAGAUAUUUUUGAUCUUGGAGCUGGGUUCUACUUUUACUUUAUUAAAAAUACUUCUAAUUUACCUCUUGUAGAAUUUUAAGUGUCUGAAGGUGAUAAAAUAUGUAGAAGAAAUUAAGAUUAAAAUAUAUCUCCAAAUAGAAUUGAUUAUCCGUUAAUGUUAAAAGGAAGAAAAUAAUGUGAAAACACAGAUUCUCUUUUCUAAAUGAUACAUUCUAUAGAUGAAGAAUAGUUCUAUCUUUCAAAUAAUGUAAUUUAUUUGUCUGAAAAAUUACCUUAUUUUAACAUUGAUACAAAAUAUAAUUGGUCUAUUCACACAAAAACAUAUAUUCCUUGGGCUUCUUAGUGUCGUGGUGAACUAUUUGAUAAUGUCUUAUAAGAAGGAGCUACUUUACAUUAGGUUUACACAGCUUUAAGAGUAUAAUUAGGUGUUACUAUUGCAUAUUUUAUUGUUAUUGGUCUUAUUUUUAAUAUAGUUGGAACUAUGACUGCUUGUAAUUUUGCUUGGUCUUGCAUGGCUGGUAAUUUAUAAUUAUUAUUAACUAUUUUAGCUAGUCCUGAAUCAUAAUAUAAUUAUGUCUUUUUAUUAGAAAUUGGAUUCAAAAUAUUAUUAUAAAUUGCUGAAAUCGUUGUAAUUAUAGUCUCUUUUGCUAUCAUAAAUGAAAAAAGAAAAUUAAUUAAACAAGUCAACGACAAUGAAUGUGUAAAUGAUCCUGUUAGUAACUUUUUAUUUACUAAUUUGGAAAGUGAUUUAACUAAAUUUGCUUGGUCUUACAAUCUUGCUAAUUUAGUUAUCUUUGCUUUUACACUUAUAUUGGAUCUUAUAAUUAUUAAACAUUCAAUCAAUUAAGGACAUCAUCAUGGAGCAAAAAAACUUCAUGAAAAAGGAGAACAUCAAGAAUUAGACAUUGGAUCUCGUGGUGAAUUAGGAAAUUAAUAAGAUAUUAAGAGUGAUUUUAAAAUUUAAGCUAAAACAGAGCUUUAAUAAAUUCCAUUGUGA